GUGAGCUGCCGUCCACCGAUCUCAUAUUCCCGGGCCCAACUGAAAGCUCUUCGUUGCUGUUCGCCCCACCGUUCUGAGGUCUCCUGACGGAAUAAAACAAACCAAACGGGCAGAAGCGCGCGGUCCCGGUCCCGGAGUGGUAGUGUCACAGCCUUUGCUGGGAGGAACGUGCGAGCGAGGGACGAUGGGGAAGGCCGACGAGGCGGCGGCGCUGCAGUUCACGCCGACGUGGAUCGUGGCAGCGGUCUGCUCGAUCAUCGUGCUCAUCUCCCUCGCCGCCGAACGUGGCCUCCAUCACCUCGGCAAGACGCUCAAGAAGAACAAUCAGAGGUCGCUCUACGAGGCGCUCCUCAAGGUCAAAGAAGAGCUGAUGCUUCUGGGGUUCAUAUCCCUGCUGAUGACGGCGUUCCAGGAGACGAUCCAGAGGACAUGCAUCCCUCCCAGCUGGACAGAGUACAUGCUGCCGUGCCAGAGGCCGGAGGCUCACCAGCCUGCCGGGGUCGCCGCCACGAGAGCGCGUUUUACCGCCGCCGAGAUCCUCGGAGGGAUCAGCAGGGCGCGGGUGCUCGGAGAGGGUGAGGCUGGGGCCGAGGCCGGGCUCUGCCAGAUGCAGGGAAAAGUUCCACUGCUGUCGGAAGAAGCCUUGCACCAGCUGCACAUUUUCAUAUUUGUUCUUGCUGUGGCGCAUGUCUUUUUCAGUGCUACAACCAUGCUUCUGGGAGGUGCAAAGAUACACAAAUGGAAACAGUGGGAGGAGGAAAUUCAGAAAAACAAUGCUGCAGGAAACGGACCUAAGAAGGUGCUACCUGUGCAUCAACUUUCAUUCAUUAGAGAACAUUACAAGGGGAUUGGCAAAGAUUCUAUGACAUUGUCUUGGCUGCAUUCAUUUGUUAAGCAGUUUUAUGGUUCAGUAGCUAAAUCGGACUACAACGCAAUGCGUCUUGGUUUUAUCAUGACACACUGCCGCGGAAAUCCAAAUUUUGAUUUCCACAGAUACAUGAUGAGGGUUUUAGAGUCUGAUUUCAAGAAAAUAGUCAGUACAAGCUGGUCCUUGUGGGUCUUCGUUGUGAUAUUUCUGUUGCUGAAUGUGAAUGGUUGGCACACAUAUUUUUGGAUGGCUUUCCUCCCCCUUGUUCUUCUGAUGGCUAUUGGCACCAAGCUGGAGCACGUCAUAGCUCAGCUAGCCUACGAUGUAGCCUCGAGGCACGCGGCGAUCGAGGGCGAUUUGGUUGUGAAGCCAUCAGACGAGCACUUCUGGUUCGGGCGGCCGCGGAUCGUCCUGCACCUCAUCCACUUCAUCCUCUUUCAGAACGCGUUUGAGCUCUCGUUCUUCUUCUGGAUACUGAUGACCUAUGGAUUUCACUCCUGCUUCAUGGACCAUGUCGGUUUCUUGGUGCCAAGGCUCGUUCUUGGGGUCGUCAUUCAGCUUCUCUGCAGCUACAGCACCCUGCCUCUGUAUGCAAUUGUAACCCAGAUGGGGAGCUACUACAAGAAGGAGAUCUUCAACGAGCACGUGCAGCAGGGCGUCCUGGGCUGGGCGGAGAAGGCCAAGAAGAGAUCGGGGUUGAAGGAGGGCAACUCCACGGCCGAAUCCAUGCACAACUCCACGGCCGAAAUCAUGCACGGCGACGAUGUGGCCUAGAAUUGGAACGGUGAAACGGCAGCUGGGGAAGACAAAGAGGCAGUUGGAAGCAGAGAGUGGUGGAGCGAUAGUAACUUUUGUGCUCUGCAGCGAUGUCUCGUAUCACGUUGUAGUUUUCCUGUGUUGUAAAGCAUAGACAUGGCAUAGUUUUCGCAGGUAACUUCACUCACAGCAGCCGUAAAAUAGUGCUGAUAUAUCUGUAAUCUCACAAGUAGUCAUCUGCGUCGAAAAUUACUCAGAUGAUCCCGAACCUGAUACUUUUGAGUUUUGAUGAGGCCUCACUGUUAAUUUGUUGAAACCUGA